AUGGAGCGGUUGUGCUCAUUAUGGUUUCAGGUCCUUUUCGUCCUCACCCUGCUCGGUAUGGCUUCAUUUACCGUCUACACAUUGUUUGCGGGUACAUCAAUUCAGCUGAGGAUUGCUGUUGCCGGUCAGGACGAUGAACUCUCUCAACAGACUUUGUUGAAUACCUCACCAUUCAAGCUGUCUCAAGUGUCGGGUUUUCUCACGGGUCUAUUGGUACUGAUUGUUGUCGGCUACUUCACAGCCGCUCUUAUAAACAUUUGGUGUUUCAAUGUAGUUAUGGAUUGCUACCGAUGGCUGGGUUUUCGCCUCGAAGAAAAGAGUCGAGCUCUGGGACGCAACGACAUUCCGAUCUCACGUCUGGACGACAAGGCCCCUGUCGCUGUUAUCCACGCCACCGACUUCUGA